AAAAAAAAAAAAAAACUGUUAGUUUUGGAUCAGGGUUCAUCUCUUUUUGACCCGAUUCACGAGCUUGUGUUAAAUACUCCUCAGAACUUGGAAAUUUCCGGAGAAAAAGCAAAAUGAGCAGAGAAGUUUCAUGCGAUUUAGUGGGAGGUAGUAAUCAUUCAGGUGUUUUGGAUACUUUGAAAUCAAGAUACCCUUGCGCUCAUGAGCCUCUGCCUGCUGCUGCAACUGCAACACCGGAUGACCGAAGAUAUUUGACAUCUCUUUGGGUUUUCGAGGAUCGAGAAGUGGAUGAACCAGAAUCCCCUCUACCCCCUAGCUUCUCUAAUCUGAUGGUCGAUCAAAGUAUCAUCGACCCGCACAUGAUUAAGGAAAAAAUCACAUCUGUUCUCAAGGUCUUAAAAUUUCGUGAGCAGCACGUGCUAGUUCAGUUUUGGUCACCUGUUACUGUCCAGAAGCGGUGGUUGCUAACGACUUGGGACCAACCUUUUGGUCUUGGUUGGGCUGAUGAAGAGCUGUACUCAUAUAGAAAAAAGUCUGAGCGGUUUGCAGUUGUCGCAGACGAGGAACACACAGAAAAAUUAGGUUCACCAGGUCGUGUUUAUAGCCAUAAGUUGCCAGAGUGGAGUUUGGAUGUACAAGGUCAAGAUACAAGCAACAAUGUCCAUGGAUAUAUUAAUUUACCUGUAUUUGAAUCUAGCAGUGAUAGCUGUGUAGGCGUUCUUGAGAUCAUAACAUCAUCGAGUUAUGUUGAUUUUGCGUUUGAGGUUCAAGAAGUCUCAAGAGCACUAAAGAACCAGAAUCUGAAGUCUCCAAACGUGUUUGAGGAUCCAAGCUUAAGUAUUGCAGAUGAAAGAAGGCGACGUGAACUGGAUGAAAUAUUCAAAGUUUUAAAGACGGUUUGUGACAUUCAUAAUUUACCUUUAGCUCAGACAUGGGCUCCUUGUGGAUAUAGUAGUUAUGUGGCUAAUUCAGAAAAUCUAGAGCAGAGUUGUAGUAGUUUCAACAGAAACUGUAUAGGGAAAGUCUGCAUAUCAACAGUCGAUUUACCAUUCUACGUUCGAGACUUGAACUUGUGGGAAUUCCGUGAAGUCUGCAGAGAGAGACACCUGGACAAAUCUCAAGGAGUUGUUGGGAGAUCAUUGUCAUCCUGUGGUGCAUGGUUCUGUGAAGACGUAACAAAACUUGACGAAGACGAUUACCCUUUGGUUCACAUUGCCCACUCGAGUGGGUUAAAUAGCUGUUUAGCUAUCUAUCUCAAGAGUCCUGAAUCAGAUGCUGAACAUGUCAUAGAGUUCUUUUUACCAGCACAUAGCGCAAACGAAACAGGCUUACGAAGGUUGAUGGAAACAUUUAAGCAGCAGAUUAAGAACUCUUCUUGGAUGCAGUUAGAUAUAGUAUCGCCUCCCCAAGUUCUUGGAGGAGUUCCGUUUAAUUGGGACUUUGAGUCUCCACCUUCUCCGUUGAACUUAUUGACUGAAAAAGGAGAGGCACCGCCACCUGAAUCAGAAAAUAUGGAAAAUGAACCAUCUAACUCUGCCGCAGGAGGAACAAGCCAGAACAAGAUUGAAGAUUUCGAUAUUGAUUCAGGAAAGAUAAGUAGAAAAAGGAAGAGAUCGGAUAGAAUGAUUAGUUAUGAGGAAAUAAAGAAACUUUUUGGAAAGACAAUGGAUGAAGCCGCAGCUAUCCUUAAUGUUAGCAGAUCUACGUUGAAGCGUAUUUGCAGGAAUCAUGGUAUACCAAGGUGGCCAUACAAGACCGGUCCUUAUAAGAGUGAUGCCGAUACCUUUAUGAAGUCAGAUCAAACAGAUGUAGCUGUCUUUACAUCUGAAGGAACACAUACCCCACCUCCAGUUUUUGGGGGCGGGUCCAAUGAACCGUUUGGUGGUACAACAUAUAUAACUCAAGACCCUGCUGUUCUUACCGAAAAUGCUAAGCAUAGUUCCACACAUGUACCCCACCAGAAGGAACUAGCAAAUGUGACGUUUAAGGCAACAUAUAGAGACGAUACUAUUAAGUUUACAUAUCGCCUUUUAGAUGGAUUGGUAAAGCUGGAGGAGGAGGUUGCAACGCGGUUUCAUCUCACAAUUGGAAGCUUUAGACUAAGAUAUAAGGAUGAAGAUGGCGAUAUGAUAACGAUUGCUUGUGACAAUGACUUGAAGGCAUUGGGCGCUUUUAUGCAACUAACUUCUACUAACAUGAUUAAACUAUCUGUACAAAUGGUUGCCGUUCAUAGCUCUAGUGCUUAGUUUUUUUUUUCAACGAUUAUGUAUCAAACCCCUUCUGUUAUUUUUUUAACUGGAAUUCUGUUAUCAUGUUCUACAACUUUCCUAGUUAA